AUGGCACUUCGACAGCUCGUCGAUCAUCCCUUGUUGAUACAAGAUGUCCUCACGAAGUUGGCUGCACCCGAAGAGAUAAUGAAAUUGGUGCCUACUGCGUCGUCAGGCAAAAUCGCGGCUUUAGGUCAACUGUUGAGCGAAUGUGGUAUUGGAGUCACGUUUGAGGAAGAGGAUCCCGAAGACGAAGAUCCACUUUCGUCUAUUCCUGUGGAGUUGCCACAUCGAGCUCUGAUAUUUUGUCAGUGGAAGUCAUCUGUACAGUUGGUAUCAAAUGCUUUAUCGAGGGGUGAUUUCGGCGCUCCAAUAGCUCAUCUUGUUCUCGAUGGAUCGGUACCACCGUCAGAACGUCAAGCAAUUGUAGAUCGCUUCAACACGGAUCACCUCAUUGACGUUCUCGUGUUGACUACUCAUGUAAGUUAUAAUGAAAUUGGUCGAGAGACAGGCCUACAGAUUUGCGUCAGCCUUAUCCUUAUUUCCCCACGUAUCUCGCAUAGAUGGUGCUGGUUUGUACUGGCAGCCUUUACAUUAUUGUAA